AAAAUAUGAAACAGAAUGGCAUGGAUAACUUGGUGUCUUGUUAUUGGUUUUCAUCUAGGUUCAAUUGCUACCUUGAAAAAUGGAAUACGGCCUAAACCAGAAAACAUUUUUGAGAAAAUCAUGUCCUGUGAUAGAGGGUGGUAUUCUUUUGGUAACAAAUGCUAUAAGCUAGGAGGCAACAAGAAGAUUCUAAGCCUCCAUUAUGGAAAUGGACUAAAACAUUGUAACGACGUCGGCGGAACCCUGGCGGCAAUCACUAGCAAGGAAAUACUAGAUUUUGUGAGUGUGUUUCUCAUUCUGAAAGCCGAGAGAGGUGCCUGGAUUGGUCUGUCCGACAUCCGUUCCGAGGGCAAAUUCUACUGGGAAGACGGCAGUCCAGUCAAUUACACGAACUGGGCACGAGACGAACCAUCGCAUGAUAAACACGGAAAUGAUGAGGAUUGCGUAGAAAUGCAGUGGUAUGCUUCGCCACAGAUUGGGGAAUGGAACGACAUUCACUGCGGAGUGGAAGCUCCUUUCGUUUGUCAAAAAGAAAAUGUCGAAAUGCCACUUGUCAAAGCUCCAUUGGAUCCAAGACUCUGCUCGGAGGAAAAUAAUUCCGGUUGGAAGUUUCGAAACUCAUGUUAUAAUCUCCUGAGAGAGAGGAGGUCAUGGGAAGAUGCCGAAAAUGUUUGCAAACAUCAAUACAAGGGCCAUUUGGUUACUAUCAGAGACGUCACCUACGAUAUGUUCCUUGAUUACAUGUUGAGAGACAUCAAGGAAGAUAUUUGGAUAGGUAUAAAGAUAAAAGAAUCAUAUACACAGAAAUGGUCAUCAGGGUGGUUCGUGGGAUACAGCGGAUGGAAGAAAAAGAAAAAGGAUUUUCUUGAAGGCACAUGCGCAACUCGCAGCAGCUUAGGAAAGUGGGGCUAUGAGUCUUGCACAAAGAAGGUUGCCUUUGUUUGCGAAAGCUCAACUGAUGUUGCACCUGUUCUGACGUCAUCUGUAAAAAGAUCUGUUUGCCCGGAAGAACCAGACGAUUGGAGAGACCUUGGUGGUGACACGUGUUACUUCUUUGAAACUGAAAUAGGGACCACGUGGUACAAGGCGAGCUUCAAGUGCUUGCAAAGAGGUGGAAAUUUGGUGAGCAUUCAUUCGAAAGAAGAGCUUGAUGUCUUGAAACAAUUCGUUAGAUACAUAAAAUUCGAAAGCCUUAUGAUUGGUCUUCAUCGUGAUGCCGCAGACGGAAAUAAGUUUUCGUGGUCGGAUCGCAGUCCUGUCGAUUUCACGAACUGGGAUGAAGGCGAACCUAACAGUGAUAUGGAGCAUUGUUCUGUAGCAUAUACGACAAGUAUGAAAUUUCACAACCAUUUGUGCGAAGAGCCAAGGGGUUAUAUUUGUGCCGUUAGAAAAACUUUGCCACAUGCAGCGGCCACAGAUGAUUCUCUAAGCAAAUGCACAAACUGUAUCUCGACGUCUACUUUUGCUGGUGUGGUUGUGUGCAUUUUAUUCAUCGAGGGUCUGCUGGGUGUUAUUUGGCUUUACUACUUCAAGCCAAGGAGGAAAGAGGAACGGAAGCGGAAGUCUUCAACGGAGGUGACAAGGCAACGCACCAACAGCGAAAGAUACAGGAUGCGGCCAGUGAAGGAUAUGAGUAUCGGACGGACGCCUCCGGCAUCGUUUGACAUUUCCGAAAGUGUAGACUACGAAGAGAUGUCAUAA